GCCAUUCUCCUGCCUCAGCCUCCCUUGUAGCUGGGACUACAGGCGCCUGCCACCUCGCCCGGCUAAUUUUUUGUAUUUUUAGUAGAGACGGGGUUUCACCGUGUUAGCCAGGAUAGUCUCGAUCUCCUGACCUUGUGAUCCGCCCGCCUCGGCCUCCCAAAGUGCUGGGAUUACAGGCGUGAGCCACCGCGCCCGGCCCUGAAAUCGAACUUUCACAUGGACGUGUCUGAGCUGGAGAGUCUGUUUGAGUUUGAGUAGGGGAAAGCCUGAAACCCCCCACCACCCGCUCCCGUUAGUCCCCGCAUUAACUAGGGGCGAACAGGGACCGGAUCCUCCAAGCUGGAGGCUUGAAAACUCAAGGGCAGGCGCCUGGUCCAGCGAUUCGGAAACAGAGAUGCAAAGUCCUCCCGCGCUCCUAGAGAGGACCCGGAAGCGCGGCGCGGUCCCGGAAGACGAGGUGCUGACACACUUCCGGCCUUUGUGACUCAUUGUGUCUGUGUCGAGGCGUCGGGAGGGCCUAAGUCCGUGUGCGGUGCCCUUCGGCCGGCCUGAGCCCCAGAGUCAGCUCCCCUUUCUCGCCCAGCGCCCCCAGGCCGCUCCCGGGGCUCACGGAAUAGUACAGAAACAUAUCAUAAAACCUCCCAGGACAUAAAGGUGAGCAUAGACCCUGUUUGCAUCAAGUCAGUUCCUGGAGCCUGAAUGAUGACUGCUGAAUCACGGGAAGCCACAGGUCUGUCCCCGCAGGCUGCACAGGAGAAGGAUGGUAUCGUAAUAGUGAAGGUGGAAGAGGAAGAUGAGGAAGACCACAUGUGGGGGCAGGAUUCCAGUCUACAGGACACGCCUCCUCCAGACCCAGAGAUAUUCCGCCAACGCUUCAGGCGCUUCUGUUACCAGAACACUUUUGGGCCCCGAGAGGCUCUCAGUCGGCUGAAGGAACUUUGUCAUCAGUGGCUGCGGCCAGAAAUAAACACCAAGGAGCAGAUCGUGGAGCUGCUGGUGCUAGAGCAGUUUCUUUCCAUCCUGCCCAAGGAGCUCCAGGUCUGGCUGCAGGAAUACCGCCCCGAUAGUGGAGAGGAGGCCGUGACCCUUCUAGAAGACUUGGAGCUUGAUUUAUCAGGACAACAGGUCCCAGGUCAAGUUCAUGGACCUGAGAUGCUCGCAAGGGGGAUGGUGCCUCUGGAUCCAGUUCAGGAGUCCUCGAGCUUUGACCUUCAUCACGAGGCCACCCAGUCCCACUUCAAACAUUCAUCUCGGAAACCCCGCCUCUUACAGUCACGAGCUCUUCCUGCUGCCCACAUUCCUGCACCCCCUCAUGAGGGUAGUCCCAGAGACCAGGCGAUGGCAUCUGCGCUAUUCACAGCGGAUUCCCAGGCAAUGGUGAAGAUCGAGGACAUGGCUGUGUCCCUCAUUCUGGAGGAAUGGGGAUGUCAGAAUCUGGCUCGGAGGAAUCUCAGUAGGGACAACAGGCAGGAGAAUUAUGGGAGCGCAUUUCCCCAGGGUGGUGAAAACGGAAAUGAGAACGAGGAGUCAACCUCAAAGGCUGAAACCACGGAAGAUUCGGCAUCAUGCGGGGAGACAGCAGGAAGAUUCCAGAAAGAGUUUGGAGAGAAACGUGACCAGGAGGGCAAAACAGGAGAAAGACAGCAGAAAAACCCUGAGGAGAAAACCGGGAAAGAGAAGAGAGAUUCAGGGCCAGCUACAGGAAAGGACAAAAAAACCACCACAGGAGAGAGAGGUCCAAGGGAGAAGGGGAAAGGAUUGGGAAGAAGCUUCAGUCUGAGCUCCAACUUCACCACCCCUGAAGAAGUUCCCACGGGAACAAAGUCUCACAGAUGUGAUGAAUGUGGUAAAUGCUUCACGAGAAGUUCAAGCCUUAUCCGCCAUAAAAUAAUCCACACUGGAGAAAAGCCCUAUGAAUGUAGUGAGUGUGGGAAAGCCUUCAGUCUUAACUCCAACCUUGUCCUGCAUCAGAGGAUCCACACAGGAGAGAAGCCUCAUGAAUGUAACGAGUGUGGCAAGGCCUUCAGCCACAGUUCCAAUCUCAUCCUCCAUCAGCGCAUCCACUCUGGAGAGAAACCUUAUGAAUGUAACGAGUGUGGGAAGGCCUUCAGCCAGAGCUCAGACCUCACCAAGCAUCAGAGAAUUCACACGGGGGAGAAACCCUAUGAAUGUAGUGAAUGUGGAAAAGCUUUCAACCGAAACUCAUACCUGAUUUUGCAUCGGAGAAUUCACACUCGAGAAAAGCCCUACAAGUGCACUAAGUGUGGCAAGGCCUUCACCCGCAGCUCCACCCUCACUCUGCAUCACAGAAUCCAUGCCAGAGAGAGAGCCUCUGAGUAUAGCCCAGCCUCCCUUGAUGCAUUUGGCGCGUUCCUGAAAAGUUGUGUGUAAAGGAAGAAUUUGCCAUCAAGCCAUUUCCACCUUUUGUUUCUAAAAUUAUUUCAGAGAUGUGUGCCCCUGGAGGGAGAAAGAAAUACAGCCUCAACGGAUUAAAAAACAAAAAUCACACUUAAGGAUCCUUCUAGUCAUAUCAGCAGUGUUCUGCCUUUAUGUAGUAGUUGGGCAUUUAAUCCUUCCACACAGCCCCUGCAGGGAAAAGCUUAUGGAUAAUCCACGUGAGAUUUCCACAGAAGAUAAAAGCACAUGCAUAGUGAAAUGUCAAGCUUUUCAGUAAGGAGGAUACCUUUAAGGCACUCUUGGACUCUCGGCAACCACAACAUAAUAGUUAAAAGAUCAAGAUUGGCUCCACGAACGUAUUACAGAGGUUCGGAUGCUACUUGCUGCAAACAAGCCCUACUUUGGCCAACAUCCUGCUUAUUUCUCAAAAAAGAGGGACAGUGAAAACAAAAACGACAUUGGGACAUGCUGCUCAAGCUAGUUAUAUAUACGAUAAGUUAUAUAUACGAUCACUGGUAGCCUACCAAAGCUGUAGAAAUCUAGGACUGUGCUAAUCAGUAUCAAACCAAAGAUUUCUAUCUCUUCCCGAAAGAGGGUAUGUGCACCAGUCUACAGUUCCAAAGGACUGCAAUAAAUGUAGAUGGUUCUAUCCUCAUCUCUGAGAUCAGUUCUACUGAAAUGGCAACAACAACUCAAAAUACAUCUCUCCCUUCUUGAAAUCCCUAAAGCACUAUCGCACUCCUAAAUGCAUUUCUCCACAAGUUAGCACUUGAUUGUAUACUGUCUUUUUAAUCCUUCAUUGUUUCAUGUAUGAAGUUUUUAAUCACCCCCCAACCCCCAAAAAAGAUUCGGUUGUCAAGGGAUAUAUUUCUAUCCCUGCCAGCACAGUGCUGGACAUAGUAAGUACUGAACACCUAAGAGGCACUCAUUCAGGCUGACUUCUACAGGACUUCUACAUGUGUGAUAAAGGCCUGUGAAUCAUGAGUCCCUGAAAUAUGGUAGCCUGGCCCAGCUUCUAAAGAGGACCUUCGUAGCCACAAGGCAUGCUCAACCUCUAGGGUCUGAUGCUAUUUUUGUUCCAAAUAUAAAUGAAAGGCACUAGUCAGCCACCUGCAUAGACAUUCUAAACAGUGAGUAAAUACCAUGGAAUGUCAGAAAUGACUUUAUCAUCGUCAUCUUGAAGAAAAAUAUGAACACUGAUGAAGGUCUUUUUUUUUUUGACAUCUUUCUGUGGCGAAGCUCUUAGAAUUCUUUUCAGUUAGCUGCUGAACAGUAUGAUGAUUUGGGGAUUUUCUGAAUCAUUUGUAACUUAGAUACUGGAGUUCAGAAGAUGUGAUUUUUGUUGCUUUUCAGAAAAAGGAAUGUGGUAGGGAGUGUUUUUUCCCACGCUGUUCCAGUAACUUUGCAAAAGCAUUAGUUGUUCACUGGCAAUUACUAAAUGUAUUUUGUUGCUCUGAGAAACUCAGCAGUGUACUGAGAUGUGGCUGGCUGUGUCAUUGUCAUACUGCACAGUGACUUUUCUGCUUCUUAUCACUAAAGACUGAGGUGAGGUUAUGAAACUUUCACUGGUCCCAUCGUCUGUGUGUGGGGUGCAACUGGCUACCUAGAAGCUGAUGGCAGGAGACUUUCACACACAGGAGAUUGUGAGCUGUGUAAGUAGUCAUCGCCACUCAAGUAGGACAAGGGUCCUACCCAAGGCUAGGACAGCCCUGCGGAAACAGAAACAUAGAACAAACCUCAAGACUAUUAGUGUGACCUCCCCAUAACAAGAGAACCCCAUAUAUAGUUUGAGACUUUCCCUUGAGAAACGUAUACUAAAACUAUUACUCAUCAAUCAUUCACUGAUCAGCAGCUAAAGUCCAUGAGACCAAAUGGUUUUAUAUGGAACCAACAAAGUGGGAGCUAAAACUCUGCACAGUGGUCAUUCUUUGGCCUCUCCUUGGCUUUAUGACUUAAACCAACCACAGCUUCCCUAUAGCUUCUAAGCAGUUUCGUCAGCAUUACUUGGGAAAACAUGUUGCAAGUCAGCCAGUCACUAGGAUAUUUCUACCCAUGCAACGGAAGAAAAACCCAUGACUCCAGAAGAGUAUACCUAAGUAACUAGAGUGGAGGCAGAAAAUGUUUUAAGGAUUUUCUUCAAAGAAUAAGCCACAGCAAUGGUUUUGUAGAAAACUCCUGUGCUUUUGAGCAAGGACUUUUGCCCUCUAGAAAGCAACUGAGACCAGGCGCGGUGGCUCACGCCUGUAAUCCCAGCACUUUGGGAGGCCAAGGUGAGCGGAUCACCUGAGGUCAGGAGUUUUGAGACCAGCCUGGCCAACGUGGUAAAAUCCCGUCUCUACUAAAAAUAUAAAAAUUAGCCAGGCAUGAUGGUGGGCGCCUGUAAUCCCAGCUACUUGGGAGGCUGAGGCAGGAGAAUCACUUGAACCCAGGAGGCAGAGGUUGCAGUGAGCCAAGAUUGCGCCACUGCACUCCAGCCUGGGUGACGAGCAAAACUACAUCUCAAAAAAAAAAAAAAGAAAAGAAACUGAAAGUAAGAAAGUGAGGUGUGGAACUCCAGGCAACAACCCAAGCACUUAUUUUUCAAGAGGGAAAGGACUUUGGUCAUGUUUACAUUGGCCUUUGUUUUUUUUCUUUCAGCCACAACUACAUGCUGAUAUAAUUCAGCCAUCACUUUUGAGUUUUGUUUUUAAAUGAAGGUUAAAUGUGACCUGUGCCCUCACAUUUAAUUCCAUUUCAUGGGGACAUCUUGACUUUGUUGGAUGGCUGCCACUAGGGUUGCUUCGGAUCUUCAGCCACAUGCUCUCCUUGAAGCAGCUAUCUGAAGAUGUGUUUUCUGAAGAAAACAGGCUACAACUGUUUAUUAAAACCACUUGCAGUGCAUUCGUUUAUCAGAUGCUCAGUGCAAAGUGUAAUUGGGUCAUGGUCAAAAACGCUUGCAACAUCUAAUUGGCAUUCAAGAUAGUCAUUAAAAAGUUCUUGGCCCACUGAAGUCUGUUAACAGUUGAAACAUUCUACAGUUAACCAUUAGCAUGCUAGUUGUCCUAAUGGAAAUUUUUGAAGAGUUUUUCAAUAUAUACCCUACCCUUGCCAGGAAGAGAAGUAAAAUCCUCAGGUUGUGGGGUAUUUGUUUUUACUCCAGCCUGGCAGGCAAGGCUAAAACCUGAGAUUAUCGAUCUAUCAGACAAAUUGACAUGUAAAGCACUUAAUAUUAAAGGCAUAAAAGUGAAACUGCUAAAUAUGUGUAGAGAGAUUGACGUAUGAUACGUGGGACAGUUCACAUAGACAUCAGAGAAUUUAUUCCAGAAAGGAGCCUCCUGAAUGUGAUGAAUACGGCAAAGCCUUUAAUCACAUCUCAGCCCUUAGCACCAGAAAGCUUAUACUGUAAAUAAACUUGAUGAAUAUUAUAUGUGAGGAAAACUUUUAUGUAUAGCACUCAUUGCUUCAGACAGAAAAUGAAUUCUGUUGGUAUGUUCCAAUCAUGUGAUGAAUAUGAGAAACAUUGCAAGAGGGAGCUCAAUCUUGGCCGGGCACGGUGGCUCACGCCUUGUAAUCCCAGCACUUUGGGAGGCCGAGGCGGGCGGAUCACAAGGUCAACAGUUCAAGACCAGCCUGGCCAACAUGGUGAAACCCUGUCUCUAUUAAAAAUACAAAAAAAAAUUAGCUGGGCGCAGUGGUGCGCGCCUGUAGUCCCAGCUACUUGGGAGGCUGAGGCAGGAGAAUCGCUUGAACCUGGGAGGCGGAGGUUGCAGUGAGCCAAGAUCAUGCCACUGUGCUCCAGCCUGGGUGACAGAGCGAGAUUCCGUAUCAAAAAAAAAAAAGGGGGGGGAAGCUCAAUCUUAACUUCAGAGGAUCUACAGAUGGAAAAAAAAAGUGGGGAAAUGCUUUAAAAAAGUAGCAAAAUGUGCCACUUCUUACAAAAAUUGUUAAUAUUAGGUACUUCUUUAUAUUUUAUAUGACCAUAAUGUCCGUGUGUGUUUUGUACCCUCAGUCCCUUGUUAUUGUUCCGUGUAUUACCUGUAAGCAGAUUCUGUAUUUUAUUUUAGCCUAUUUGACAGAACACAUCACUCAAAAAUGGUGAAGUUUCGGAGCAAACAGUGAAGAAAUCAGUGUGGUUGUAGACAAAAAGUCGGUUCACAGAACGGAGCAGCGGGGAGAUGAAGGGAAAAGCUUCAUAGUUUGGUGCUUAUCACAUCAAGAGAUUGGUAAAUUUCUGAGGAAAGACAGGCUAAUGGGGCACUGAAAUGGAGCAACUCCUUUAAACAUGUGCAGCCUUGGCCAGGCGCGGUGGCUCACGCUUGUAAUCCCAGCACUUUGGGAGGCCGAGGUGGGCGGAUCACGAGGUCAGGAGAUCGAGACCACUGUGAAACCCCGUCUCUACUAAAAAUACAAAAAAUUAGCCGGGAAUGGUGGCGGGCGCCUGUAGUCCCAGCUACUCGGAGAGGCUGAGGCAGGAGAAUGGCGUGAACCCGGAAGGCGGAGCUUGCAGUGAGCCGAGAUUGCGCCACUGCACUCCAGCCUGGGCGACGGAACGAGACUCCGUCUCAAAAAAAAAAAAAAAAAAAGUGCAGCCUUUUGAAUUUUUCCUCAAAACCAAGAAGUUGACCUCUGAGCUGUCAGGUGACCACUGUGUGCAAAGGGGAUGGAUUCUCCAGUAGAGGGUCUUCUCCAUGAAGCGAGAGUAGGAAGUGUACUGGAAUGGCCAAGUGGGACUGCUUCAGCUGACCAGGUUCUCUUAAACCGUAAGUCAUGUUUUCCCACUAACUCUUAAAUCCUUAUGCUUAGAAAAUUGGGCAUAAGUCUGGGCACAGUAGCUCAGGCCUGUAAUCCCAGCACUUUGGGAGACCAAGGCGGGUGGAUCACAAGGUCAGGAGAUCGAGACCAUCCUGGCUAACAUGGUGAAACCCCGUCUCUACUAAAAAUACAAAAAAUUAGCUGGGCAUGGUGGCGGGCGCCUGUAGUCCCAGCUACUCGGGAGGCUGAGGCAGGAGAAUUGCUUGAACAUGGGAGGCGGAGGUUGCAGUGAGCCAAGAUGGCGCCACUGCACUCCAGCCUGGGCAACAGAGUGAGACUCCAUGUCAAAAAAAAAAAGUUGGGGAUAGGACUGGCUGGGCACGGUGGCUCACUCCUGUAAUCUCAGCACUUUGGGAGGCGGAGGCAGGCGGAUCACUUGAGGUCAGGAGUUUGAGACCAGCCUGGCCAACGUGGUGAAAGGUCUCUACUAAAAACACAAAAAUUAGCUGGGCAUGGUGGUGGGCGCCUGUAGUCCCAGCUACUCGGGAGGCUGAAGCAGGAGAAUCACCUGAAUCUGGGAGGCAGAGGUUGCAGUGACCCGAGAUUGCACCACUGCACUCCAGCCUGGGUGACAGAGUGAGACUCUCUGUCUCAAAAGAAAAAAAAAAAGAAAGAAAAUUGGGGAUAGGAGAACAGCAAGGUGAGCAUUUCCCGGAAUUGUGUGCAGAUGCAUCCAGUCGUGGCAUUGCAGGAAGUCUGUCUGAUGAAGCUUGAGAAGCAUUUUGCAAUAUUCCCUUUGGCUAUGUUCCUGUGUUCCUUGCUCCUACUUUUCUUUCCCUGGUUUGUGAUUAUUAGGAGAGAGGUUUUGCGAAGACUCGUUGCUGUGAAAGAAUCUUUUUUUAAUUUUUAUCCUAGAGUCAGUCACUUUUAUUCCAGGUAGUCAUGCUGAUCUACUUAUCCAAAGCCAGCUAACCAGGUUCAUCCUACCAUCCUCAUGGAAGACUUUGUGUAUGAAUUGGAGUAACAGUACUGAAAUACACUUAAACAGUCACAGCAGUACUUCCCGGAGUGGGGGCCAUAUUUCUCUGUGUCCUACUCUGAGCAACUUCUCAGAGAUAUGAGGGGGCUGGGGUUUUCCCAUCUGGGAAAUCGGGUGAAAGUCUGCAGAUUGUUAAAUGAAAUAUAGAAUCAGAGAAAAAGAAAAGUCAGUGAUAUAAAUAGAUCAUUUCGUAGAAAUUAGGGUAGAUUUUUAUUUCAACUACUGGAGAAUUUAAUAAAAGGCAUUAUUGUUUGAAAUGUUUUUCUAACAUAGAUUUAGGGUUUUUUUUUUAGAAUGGACACACUACUGUACAUUUAAAAGCAAUUAUUUUGCUAUUCAGAUUUUUUAUUAUCUGAAAAUGAAAUCAUCUGUUUUACUUUUCAAAGCUUUGUGAAACAAACUUGAAGUUAUAGGGAGGUAAGCCAUCUCCAACUCUGCAGGUCAAACAAAAGUUUGGGAAAUACUUUUGACAUCCCAGAAUCCAGAAUAUCUUAACAUGAGAACUGAAUUUCAUGAUUGUGUGGUUCCAUUUAAUAGCGGACACCACCCCAAUCUCAUGUUUUCCUGUUACCCUAAAACAGUGGAAGGAAACUGGGUGUUUGGUAGACUUCUAAAUCAUGGUCUCUGACGAUUUGAAUCUGAGAUUCUCACCUCCAUUUACUAAAGAAUCAUGACUUAAUUCAGAUUGCACAGUAAUCAGUAAAGUGAAUACGUUUUUAAAAUGGAAUUUUCUCCCUUCAGUGAGCACUCAUUAAGGAGUGAAGCUGAGUAUUUUAAGAUAGAGUGAGAUCUGUGAGUGAUUGAAAGUUGAUAUUUAGAAACUUGGAUUUCAUUCCAGUGUCAGGUUUGGGUUUUAAGUUCCUUUGGUCCGGGGAAGGGUCCAAGCAGCCACAGUUGCCCUAAAUCACCAUCAUUAAGUCUUCCAGCAAGGUUAAGUGCGGUAUGGAAGGAGAAGGGGGAAGAGGACGGUAACAGCCCCGCACUCCAGGCUGAGAAAGAGUAAUUAGGAGUCCUGAGGAGGGGCCGAGGAAAGGCUGUUGGGGUGUGCUGGGGUUGGUACCCGAGCACCUUCCCCUCACCUCAACCAGAGAAGAGCAUCCGGCUGCUUUUUAAAGCUUUUAGCCUGCCCUAGCGAGGACAAAGCAUGUUAGAUUAGAGAUGCUUCUGCUGAUCGCAGGGGUUCUUAUUUGAAAACGUCUAUGAGGGGGGUGGGGUGGGAGGAGACAGGUUGUGGUUAUGCAGGAAAAUCUUGUCCUAAAAAUAUAUGAGUUUGGGGGUAAGGGGUGGGAUAGCCAAGCAAAAUCAGUAAUUAUUUUAAAAUGAACAUACAUAUUUUUAUUAACUUUUAGUUAAAUACAGAUUUUACAACGAGGUCAGCAUAAGCCUAAAUCUAUAUAGAGAGCUAACUCAGGCAUUGUCUUGUUUAUUUGUAGACUGGAUUAAAAACAACCUGUCCUGUUUUGUCACUUCCCAGCUUCUUCGUUUAGAAUAAGUUAGACCAAAAGAAGAAACGUGCUUGUCUCUGUAUACCCGCAGAAUGAAGUUACUGUUGUUAAAACUGGAUUUUUUCAUUUUACUAGGUUCCGAAGAGUCCAGAUGCUUGGUAGAUGUUCAAUACGUGAUUUUUUUUAAUUGAAUGUGUUCAUUUAAAAUCCUCCUUAACAUUUCUAGAAAGACUUCUUUCAAUAAAUAAUGGAAUCUUAGAGGAAAAGUGGUUUCUUAAAAGCUAGGGAACUCCUCCACUAAAAGUAACCAUUGGAAACCUCGAAUGAGGGCUAAAGUUUUAAUCAUAAGAGAAAAGGCAGCAUAAUGAAAUGUGUACACAUACAUAGUCAGUGGUCCAUUUUAGGAAGCCAGUGGCAUCUGAUAAAGAAAUGUUAAGAGUAGCGAGGUUGGGGAAGGAAAUUGUGGGGAUUUGUAAUAUUCUCUUUAUGUUGUUUCUCUUCUGAGUCAUGGUAAAACAAUAAAUUAUCAUCUCUAGGUGGCA